CCCCACGCCCCCUGGAUCCGCCUAUGUAAUUCAAUGUAUCUCUAUCAUAACCAUAUAUCUAUAACCUACAUACUCAUCAAAUUGGCAAUUGACGAUGUGUCUUUGACAGACCGGAUAUGCAAUUCCGUCGCUAGCUUCAUUCACACGACACACGUCCACAAAAGGUAGCGAGGAAUGAUGUCUGCUUUGCUGGUAAAUAGAAUAUACCAAAGAUGCGGCGGUUAUUACGAAAUAGAAUGAUAUUCAUGGCAUAUUUUGUAGUUUCCUCAGGAAGUAUACUAUGGUUGGCAUCAACAUGCGGACCUGGAUGCAUGUCAGAUAUUGGAGAAGACUCUAUGUUAGAUUAUUACAAACAUGAGCUUGAAAGAACUAGAGCUAAUAUGAGGCAAACUGAAACUAAAUUAAGAACAAUCACUCAAACCUUGAACAAGCAAUAUGCCAAAGCUGCCAGUACUGUUAAUGAGAUUCUAGGAAUUGAGAGCCCUCGGGUACCGACCAUCUUUGCCGUCACACCAACGUACACCAGACCAGUGCAGAAGGCUGAACUAGUGCGGUUGAGCCAGACCUUCCUCCAUAUUAGAAACUUCCAUUGGAUAGUUGUGGAGGAUUCUGAGAGAAAGACCCAGCUCGUGUCUAAGUUCUUGGAAAACUCCGGCCUAGUGUACACCCACCUGAAUGUAAAAACAACAGAUGAGUACAAGUUAAAGGAGAAUGAGGCUUCUUGGAGGAAACCUAGGGGAGUUGAUCAAAGGAACCUUGCAAUUGACUGGAUUCUAGAGAAUGUUCCUGAAGAUAAAGAAGGGGUAGUCUACUUCGCAGAUGAUGACAACACAUACAGCUUGCAGAUUUUUGAAGAGAUGAGAACAACUCAGAGAGUCAGUGUGUGGCCUGUGGGACUUGUUGGUGCACUUCGCUUUGAGCGACCUAUUUUAAACGACGCAGGAAAGGUUACCUCUUGGUACACCAUGUGGGCACCUGACAGACCAUUCGGAAUGGACAUGGCUGGAUUUGCAGUGAGUCUCAAGCUCUUUAGGCAGCAACCACAUGCGAGGUUUGACAUCACCUCAAUGAGGGGCUAUGUGGAGUCUAGUCUUCUUGUACAGCUGGGAGUCAGAAAGGAAGACUUGGAACCUCUGGCAGAAAUGUGUACAAAGGUACUGGUCUGGCACACAAGAACUGAAAAACCCAAGUGGAAACAAGAGGACAAAUUGAUUGCACUCGGUAAACCAUCAGAUCCCAGAAUAGAAGUAUAAUCAUGAGGACAAGUCAUUCAUAAGAUAACUCCUCAAGCACAGGGAUAAGGAAAAUUAAACUAAUGUGCAAUUUUUUUACAGGAUAUUUUGUCUUUUAUAAACCUAUCAUGUUACUAUAGUAUAGACCACAUGCCUUAAAAGAGUCAAUGUUAAAGGACUCAAAUUAAAAGAAACAAACAUUGCGUGUCAACACAUAGAGCGAUAGUGGCAUAUGAAAGGUUCAGUAUUAAACACAGCCCCUAUUCAUCUCAUCUCUUCCAUGGAUUGAAUAACCGACAUGUAUCCUUUGCCACAUACCUCCAACAAAUAUUCCUUGUAAUGAUGGUACAGUGGAUCAAAAGUAAUGGGGGAUAGUUGCAUCUUCUCCUAUCCCCCUCCUUGGUGCCGUUUCAUAAAGCUGUUCGUAAGUAAGUUAAGAGCGACUUUAAGAACGACUGGUGAACCUUUCUUACAUGCUU